AUGAUAGGUGAUCAGGUUCCUGCAGAUGGAAUCUUGAUAAACGGUCAUUCUCUUGCCAUUGAUGAAUCUAGCAUGACAGGGGAAAGCAAGAUUGUUCACAAAGACCAGAAAUCACCAUUUUUGAUGUCAGGUUGCAAAGUAGCGGAUGGUGCUGGAACUCUGCUGGUAACUGGUGUGGGAAUUAAUACUGAAUGGGGAUUGUUGAUGGCUAGUAUUUCAGAAGAUACAGGGGAAGAAACACCUUUGCAGGUACGCCUGAAUGGGGUUGCCACUUUCAUUGGCAUAGUUGGACUGACUGUGGCUCUUUCUGUGCUCAUUGUUCUCUUUACCAGGUUUUUCACUGGGAAUUCAAAAAAUGCUGACGGAUCCGUUCAGUUUGUACAUGGGAAGACUAGCAUGGGUCAAACUGUUGAUGGAGCCAUAAAAAUUAUAACAGCUGCAGUCACAAUUGUGGUUGUCGCAGUCCCAGAAGGCCUUCCUCUGGCUGUAACCUUGACCCUAGCGUACUCUAUGAAGAAAAUGAUGGCUGACAAGGCUUUGGUGCGUAGGCUUUCAGCUUGUGAAACUAUGGGAUCCGCAACAACCAUUUGUAGUGAUAAGACUGGAACUUUAACCAUGAAUCAGAUGACAGUAGUUGAGGCCUAUAUUGGGAGUAAGCAAAUUGAUCCUUCUGAGGAUGGCACACAGCUGAAUGCAGCAGUUUCCUCUCUUCUAGAUGAGGGAAUAGCUCAGAAUACUGCAGGCAGUGUAUUUCCAUCUAAGGAUGGUGCAGGAAUAGAUGUUUCUGGAUCUCCCACUGAAAAAGCUAUUCUUCAUUGGGGUGUCAAGUUGGGGAUGAAGUUUGAUGCCGUUAGAUCCGAAUCUAUUAUUCUCCAUGUUUCUCCUUUUAAUUCCACUAAGAAACGAGCCGGUGUUGCAUUACGAGGACGGACUGACUCUCAAGUUCAUCUACACUGGAAGGGAGCGGCCGAAGUAAUUUUAGCCUCAUGUUCACAGUUUAUGGAUGCAGAUGGUAGCUUGCAGUCUAUUGAUGAGGAUAAGAAGGUUUUUUUCAAAGAUGCUAUUGAAACUAUGGCUGCAAAAAGCUUGAGGUGUGUUGCCAUUGCUUACAGAACAUAUGAAACAGACAAGGUUCCGGCCAAUGAUGAACAGCUAGAACAAUGGACUUUACCAGAAGAUGAUCUUGCUUUGCUUGCAAUUGUUGGUAUAAAGGAUCCUUGCCGUCCAGGUGUCAAAGAAGCAGUGAAACUAUGUUCAGAUGCUGGCAUUAAGGUGCGCAUGGUAACUGGAGAUAAUCUUCAAACAGCCAAAGCAAUUGCUGUGGAAUGUGGAAUACUUUCUUCAGAUGAAGAUAAUGUUGAGUACAGUAUUAUAGAAGGGAAGACAUUUCGUGAGUUGCCUGACAGAGAGAGAGAGCAAGUUGUAAAAAAGAUAUCGGUUAUGGGAAGGUCAUCUCCUAGCGACAAGCUUUUGCUUGUGCAAACAUUGCGUAAACUAGGGGAAGUUGUUGCUGUAACUGGAGAUGGAACCAAUGAUGCUCCAGCAUUGCACGAGGCUGAUAUUGGUCUUGCCAUGGGAAUACAAGGAACUGAAGUUGCUAAAGAAAGCUCAGACAUCAUUAUUUUAGAUGACAAUUUUUCUUCAGUAGUAAAGGUUGUCCGCUGGGGGCGUUCUGUAUAUGCAAAUAUUCAGAAAUUUAUCCAGUUUCAGCUCACUGUUAAUGUUGCAGCUCUUGUAAUAAAUGUAGUUGCAGCAGUUUCUUCUGGCGAUGUUCCUUUAAAUACCGUGCAGCUUCUUUGGGUUAAUCUCAUCAUGGAUACUCUAGGAGCUCUGGCAUUGGCUACCGAACCACCAACUGACCAUCUUAUGCAUAGACCUCCAGUUGGUCGAAGGGAGCCUCUUGUAACAAAUAUCAUGUGGAGGAACUUGCUCAUACAGGCUAUAUAUCAAGUUACUGUCCUCCUUAUCUUUAACUUCUGUGGUAAGACCGUUCUCAACUUAAAGAAUGAGCCAUCGGAGCAUGCUAACAUGGUGAAGAAUACCGUGAUAUUUAAUGGAUUUGUUCUAUGUCAAAUAUUCAAUGAGUUCAAUGCUCGGAAACCGGAUGAGAUGAAUGUCUUUGAAGGGGUGACCAAAAACCACUUCUUCACUGGCAUUGUGGGAACUACAUUUAUAUUUCAGAUAAUUAUCAUCGAGUUCCUUGGAAAGUUCGCCACAACAGUUAAACUGAGUUGGAAUCUGUGGCUAGUUUGCCUUGCCAUUGGCAUUUUCAGCUGGCCCCUUGCCGUUGUUGGAAAAUUGAUUCCAGUUCCACAGACACCUCUAGCCAAGGUGUUCAUUAAGCCAUACCAGCGAUGUGUUGCAUCUCGUUGUAAUUCUAAUUAA